AUGGAUGUAGUCAUCACGGAGCAACAAGACGGUACGAAAUGGUUUUACUCUCUCCACUGCGAGAUGAACAGAUCUGUUGCGCAGGAGUGUAACAUGGUCAAUAGACCGGCUAAUGGACCGUCGACAAUUGGACCCAAGACGUAUAAGGGGGAGUCAGAUUUGAGAGAAAUUUAUGGACCUACGUUUGAGUAUGGGAGGGUUACACUUACUGCUGGGUUGGAGAAGCUAAAGAGUGAGUAUCCGACUACGACUACAGCGACGAAUGAAGCUGAGGCUACUGAAUCCGUGUCUAAGGAGACUGGUAGUUCUAAAGCUAGUGCUGAUGCACCAGCGGAGUCGAACGGCGGUUUUAGGGACCUGAAGCUUUCUUUUGCUGCGAUAUGCGCCGGACUGUUUGCUGCAAUGGCAUUAUUGAUAUGAGCAUCCAUUGUCCCUGUCGAGGGAAAGGUGCGAGACAACUACAGUCACUGAUACACGCGUGGCAGACGAGACACGUAAUAUGCAGGAGAAUUAUACUAGAAAUUUGGAUAAUUCGAACUAUUGAACAAGGAGA